AUGGCUUCGCCUAAUAAAGGAUUUUCACCUCAGAAAUCGCUUGAAAUAAAGACGAAAUCAAUUGAAACAACACUUGUACCACUUGUUACACAAAUUUCAACCUUAGUUCAUUUUAAAGAAAAACCUCGAUGCUCAUCAACAACCAAUGAAAAAACUCUCUAUGCUAUCAAUCGUGUCGGAGAAGUAGUCAAUACGGCUGUUGAACGUUUUGUUUCAGUUGGAGAAUCGAUUGGCAAUGAAAAUCCUGAAAUAAAAUCUGAUUUAAUUGAUGCAUGUCGUGAAGCUCGAUCGGCUGGUGGAGCAAUCAAACGAAUAACUUGUGUUGAACAUGAUAGUUUAGGCAAACCAAUUUGUGUAACUGAUCGACAAAGCAUGGUACAAGCAGCUCGAGGUCUACUUACAGCAGUGACACGUGUUUUACUUCUUGCCGAUAUAGUUAUUGUUAAACAAAUCAUUUCUGUUAAGAAAAAAGUAACGUCAACAUUAAAUCGUCUUGAAGGUGUAAUAUCAUUUCCUGAAUUUGUUAAAUUAUUUGGAGUCUACGGUACACAAAUGAUUGAUUUAGCACAUCUUACUGGAGAUCGACAAAAUGAUCUGAAAGAUGAGCGUCGACGGUCUCAGCUUUCAGCAUCACGAACAAUUUUAGAGAAAUCUACAAUGCUGAUAUUAACAUCAUCUAAAACAUAUCUUCGUCAUAAUGAAUGUUUACAUGCACGGAAAUGCCGAGAUCUUGUCUAUGGUCAAGUUCGGCAUGCUCUUGAUAUUGUACAAUUGAUUGUGUAUGACUCAGGCUCAACAUCAUUAAAUAAUACGUCAACGCUCACACUUCUUCUUGCUAAGAAUGAAAUUAAUUUCGUUAAAUCUUUAAGACAAUUCGAAUACGCGAUUGAAAUGUUAAAUGUUUCAUCGACAUCAACAACAAAAGAACAACUUGAACAACUAUACAAUACAACGAUUGACAAUAGUCAAGAUUUUACUGAUUCAAUUUAUAUUAGCAUUGAACAACGUGAAAAAGUUCUUCAAUGUCAUAAAAAAUUACAAGAACAACUUGCAGAUAUCAUCAAACUUAUGUUCGAUGACCAAAAUGAUGUAUUUACUACAGCUAUUCAAACAAUUCAGGAAACUGCACGAGAAUUUCGACAACAACUUGAACAAAUGGCAAUCUUUCGUGCAUCGGAAUUUUUUCGUACGCACGAUGAAAAUAUUUUACUCAAUGAAUUAAAAUCAUAUUCAUUAUCAAAUAGAACUGAUUUAUUACAAGAAUCUAUCGAUCGAUUUCAUGAACAAGCUGAAAUCGCUAUUGAAUUGAGCAAACUGUUAAGACAUAUUAGUUCAUGUGAUCAAUUGCAAGUAUCAAGCGAAUAUCAUGACAUGAUUUUUCAGAAUUUAUCUAAUAUGAUCGUAUCGUCAUCUCAAUCACUUGCAGCACAUCCAAAUAGUCGAGUGGGAAAAGAAAAUUUGGAUGCUCUGUGUCGCUGUUGGGAAGAACAAAUCAAUGAUUUUUCAAUUCUUGUUAAAGAAAUUCAAGAUUUUAUUGAAGGUCGGCGAGAAAAAACUGUUUAUUUAUCAUUGCCAAGACCUGGCAAACAUGGAACAACAUCAAAAUCUGGUUGUAAACCAACAAAACUCGAUUCUGAUGAACAAGCUAAAAUAGCUAAAGUCGGCCUUGAAAUGAAAUUAGUUACAUCGGAAAUGGAUGCGGAAGCUGAAAAAUGGGAUGAACCACAAAAUGAAAUAGCCAAACGCGCGAAAAACAUGUCGUCCAUGGCAUUUUCCAUGUAUUUAUUUACGCGAGGCGAAGGAACAUUACGUACAACUCAAGAUUUAUUUACGCAAGCUUACUAUUUCGUUGAAGAAGGUUCUCGUUUAGCUUCGAUUGUUCGAGAAUUUGCCAAUCAAAUACCAAAUAAAACUACACGACAAGAAAUCCUACUACAAUUAGAUCAAAUACCGUUAAUGUGUCAUCAAUUAAAAUUAAAAUUAAAAAAUCCUGUUCUAGGAAAAAGUUCAACAUUUUCAAAAGUUGAUGCGGCCAUAUCUGAAACUAGAGAUUUGAUGAAUGCAGUCACACGUUUAUGCACUACUGUUUUUGCUUGUCAGUCAAAGUAUAAAAUAAUUGAUUCACGUCCGACUCCACCAUCAAACAACAUAGCCUAUUCUCGGCCUCCAUUGUCAUCAUCAAAACGAUCGUUACUCUAUCGUACAACAUCGAUUGAACAUGAUGAUCGUAUAGAAACAGCUUCUGAACGUUCGUUACGAUCAUCAUCUUUACAACGUCCGUCAAGUUAUUUACCAGCACUAGAUCAUAUUUAA